GUAAAAGAGGGUUCUUCAUUGGAGACUUGACGGACGGCGGCAUUUGCUUGAUCUACGCAUACUGCGCAAUCAUGAGUGAGAAACCAAUAUCUACUGCUAUAACUGCAAACAUCAAACCAUCUGCAGGCCAAGAUGAAAAGAAGAACAACCUCCCCGAGGACUUCGACAUCGAUAUGGAGAACCCGCAGACGGAGAAGGCCGCUGUGGCCAUCCAGUCGCAGUUCAGGAAAUUCCAGAAGAAGAAGCAGGAUGUGAAGUCUUAGAGGCCGUGUGGCUUGCUGGAUCCUCAUGUCUGCAUGUCAAUCAAACCGCACCAUUCUGAACUCUAACAGAGCGCUACAGAAGUUGUAUAAUCAAUGUUUUUGAAGUCAGUGUAUAGUUACUAAAUUGAUUACCAUUAUUUCUUGUGUAUAAUGCGCAUGCAUGUAUUAUACGUACCCCCAAAUAUUGAUCUCAGAAUUCUGGAAAACCCUUCUACCCAUGUAUAAUGCACUUUUACAAUGCAUGAUUUUACCUCUACCCAUAUGAUCAAAAUAUGAAGUAUUUGCAGUUUGAUGGUUUUAUCAAAGAAUUAUUUCUGAAGUUAAGCCCUUUAUUUGAACACGUAGUGUCUUAUUUUUAUUUGCUUUCUCUUAUUUAGGA